CUUUUCUCCUUGAAUUGUUUCACCGACACACUUUCGGACUCUCAAGCCGGGAUACUUUGGGACAACAUCCAGUUUCUAUCUGAUUCAGAUCCCAACAGCCACGACGAAGAAGCAUCUCCACACGUUUUUCUCUUGACUGGGUGGGGAGCCCCGGGUAGCGCUUCGCCGGAUGAUCAAGAGGCGAGUGGAGGGCGACGCUCCUGGACAUGCUGGUGCGCAGUCCAUCGCCCAUCAACUUCGGCCCGACACGUCAUCAUGGAAUUCGAGCUAGAGCGUGACGUUCUAAAUCCACUCUAUCCCUCUUUGGUAGAAGCGGUUCCGGAAGUAGGAUCUCCUGACACGGGCUCGAGUGGUGCGAGUGACACGCCCGGGAGUGCGAAAACCGUCGGCGGUUCCACCGAUUCUUCGUCACAGACGCUUACACCCGGUAUUUCCGACGUUCCUGCGUUUGAGAUUCCAACCGGGCCUUCUGCGGAGGACAUCCUCGAGAGUACAACGUCACGCGCCAAACCUCUACCGGCGCUCGAACGAUUGCGACGGAUGGCUAGACCGGAACUAGUCUCACCUGGAGGCGCAAAUCCUCGCUCACGUCGUAGGACAGCUUCUGGUUCGAGCACUGGAGGCGUGGGUAUGAUGGACGUGUUUGCCGUGAUGGCCCAGAUCAACGAGCAGCUCGGACAAGCUCCUGACUUGACUGCCUUCUUGCAAGUUGUCGUUGGAGUCAUCAAGGAUCUUUCGCAGUUUCACCGGGUGCUAGUGUACCAGUUCGAUGAAGCAUGGAAUGGUCAAGUCGUCGCGGAACUAUUGGACUGGAGCAAAACACACGAUUUGUAUCGAGGCCUUCAUUUUCCCGCGUCCGACAUCCCUGCCCAGGCCAGGCAACUUUACGCGAUCAGUGAGCUCUUGCCAAUUGACGCGAUAGCCGACUAACCGGCUGCUGAAGACAAGGUGCGACUUCUGUAUGACCGGUCGCAAAGCACCGCCAGGAUCGUUGUGCGCAGCAAAGAUGAUCUGCAGACACCAGUGGAUAUGACGCAUUGUUACCUGCGGGCCAUGAGUCCUAUCCACAUCCAGUGUUUGCCACCUUACUCUUGUGUCAGUCUAUUUGGCUGACCUGAUUCAG